UAUGUAGGUGAUGCGAGAAGAGGGAGCAACAGGGCCGGCCGCCGACUUGCAAAGCGAGACUGAUCGGGGGCGCGGGGGGUGGGGUGGGGGGACCGCUCUGCUUCCAAGUGGUGGGGCUUCUCGCUCGCGCCCCUCCGACCCACCGGGCAGCCUGGCACUGGCAGCAUCUCCGUGACUGCUGCUCCCCCUGGAAAGCGGCCCUUCCCUCCCCCACCAGGGCUCCCCUUCCUCUCGCUCGCUCCCCCCUCCCUUCCUUGUGUGUGUGUGUUGCUCCCCGCCACCCUCUCUCCCCCUCCCCUCUCCCUCUCCCCCUCCCCCUGGAAGGACUCCAGCUGCUCCACACGCGGAACGGCGCUCAGUCCCGCUUCUAAUGGGGAGAUUGGCAUGAUCAGCAUGGAUCCCCCAUUCUGUUCUGCGGACCGUUAAAUGUGCUUAGACAGAAGAGGAGGCGAAGAGGGCUGAUGUGGGCUGCGGAGGAGGAAGCCAUGGCUGUUGCCUAAAAAAAGCCCCCACCCACCCAGAAGGUAGCCCUUUCCUUGUGGAGGGAUCCAGCCCCUCUUGCCAUGGCUGGUGGGAAGCAGGAGCUGAAGAGAAGCAUCUCCAUCAUCCCCUGUUUUGUGUUUGUGGAGCUGGUGAUCAUGGCCGGCACGGUGGUGCUGGCCUACCACUUUGAAUACACAGACACGUUCCCCGUCCACCUCCAAGGCUUCUUCUGCUAUGACAGUGCCUACGCCAAGCCCUACCCUGGCCCUGAAGACACCAGCCGGGCACCGCCUGUCCUAGUCUACUCUCUUGUCACUGCUGUGCCCACUGUGACGAUUCUUAUUGGGGAGCUGGCCGCCUUCUUCCUUCAGCCAGAGAGACGCAAGGAGAAAACGAUCAUCUCGGGCGAGUGUUGCUAUUUCAAUGCCCUCCUGCGCCGCAUCAUCCGCUUCUUAGGUAUCUAUUCCUUUGGCCUCUUCACCACCACCAUCUUCGCCAAUGCCGGCCAGGUCGUGACUGGCAACCAGACGCCGCACUUCCUCUCCGUCUGCCGACCCAACUACACUGCCCUGGGCUGCCAGCCCCCACCCGGCACCAUCUAUGUCACGGACAAGGCGGCCUGCACUGGAAAUCCCGUCCUGGUCGCUGCGGCCCGCAAGGCCUUCCCCUCCAAGGACGCAGCCCUCAGCGCCUACGCAGUGGCCUAUACCGUGAUGUACGUGACGCUGGUUUUCCGGCUGAAGGGCUCUCGCUUGGCCAAGCCUUCCCUGUGCUUGUCACUUCUGUGUCCCGCUUUCCUGGUGGGCGUGGUGCGUGUGGCUGAGUACCGGAACCAUUGGUCCGAUGUGCUGGCGGGGUUCCUCACAGGUGGGGCCAUUGCCACCUUCCUGGUGACUUGUGUGGUCAACAAUUUCCAGAGCUCCCCACCUACCGCCACACAUCCCCCAUCUCCUGAGAGACAGCCCAGUGUCCCCGUCAUGGGCUUGCCCUGUGUUGACAGUUCCCUUGAAAAGUUAAGUGUGGCUCAGCAGGUGAGGGACCCCCCAGAAGAACAGGAGUUUUCAACGCUACUCUCAAGAGGCCUGGAAAGGCAGCUAGCACGAUCUCUCCGCUUGGUGGCGCCUGGCAGUGCAGCACUGGCCCAUCCCUACGAAAUCACGGAGCUGUGUUCUCAGAGGUCACCUGACCCUCAGCUGUGUCUCUUCCCAACCACCCCUGAUGUCCUCAUUCCCUCCCGGUCGGUCACCAGCGAGGUCUGACCCAAGGAGGUGUUCCUGGUGCCCCUACAGUGGGGAUGGGGUUUGGGUGGAAGGGGGGGUGGUCCAACCUUCUUAUACUCUCAAUUUCCCAACUUCUACCUUGGCCUUUCCUGGGAUUGGGUUUGUUGGUUGUUGCGAAAUCCUUCUGAUUACAUGAUGUCAGUGUGCAACGUGGCUGGUAUAUGUAUGCGCAAAGUGGGGAAGUGAGAAUGGAGCCUCAUUAGUUUCCCAGUGAGAUGAAUGCCCUUGACAGGGGCUUCAUCCCACAGGUUGCUAGUUGCAAGUCUUCUCUGAGGCUGAAGCUCCUAGGACUUUGAUCAAAGCCUGUCCCUCCACUCCCCUUCUCCUUGGUGUGGCCUUUAAUGCCUCUUGAAGGAAGCCUAGAUCCACAGUGACUGACAAGGCAUCCCUUCCCACAAAGACUGUUCCUUUAGGAAUGAGGUUAGGUGCUCUUUCCAAGAAGUAGCUUCAUCUUAGUAGGACAUAUCAUCCUGUACAUGUUGAGCCUUACAAAGGCAAAUUUUCCUAUUGCAGGCAGAAGAGGGGGAGGGUGGGAGAACUUAAAAAAUUAAGUUCAGCCAGGGAAAGAUUUGAGCUGCUCUUGGUCCAGACCAAACCAGUGGCAAAGCAUGGGUCGUUGGGAAGGGGAAAGGAAGGAGAUGGGGUCCAGGAGAAACCAACCUAGGAGGGUAGAACGGCCCACACUCAACCUGCCUCAGAGCUGUGUGGGGGCCAUUGCAUGACACAGCUGUUGAGGUAGCUGCCUGGUGGGGGUGGGGGUGGGGUGGGGGCAUGUCCUGAAGGGAGCCGGAAGGCUUUUUCUUCUAAUGUUCUCUAUCCAUCCUUUGGAGCAUAAAUGUAGACCUUGCUGGAAUAUCUGAUGAUGGCUUACAGGCUGGCACUCGCAGGUCCACUGGGAAAGUCAAAUGCUGAAAACUGGCAAGAGCUUCAAAGUGCUUUUUGCAUGCAGCCUGUGCAAAAGCAGAGUGGAGGAGGGAGAAUUUCAAGAAGGCUUCAAUGGGCAUACUUCUGGCUGGCCUAAGUCAGUGGCCUUGUCUGCAAAAGAUCAGGGCAUCUUAGCCAGACUGGGAAGGACCUCUGCCUGGGGCUGCAGAGAGCCGCAGCUGCUGCUCCAGGUAGACUGUGCAGGGCUAGAGAGGCCAGAGCUCUGCCAGUUCAGAACGUCCUUCAACAAAGAAGGAGUGGAGAGAGAGAAAUGAAGCAGCACUGGCAAAUUGGAAAUGGGGGAAAGGGGGAAGGACUCCCGUCAACACCUUUGGGAGUCCUUUCCCCCCAUUUUGUUCCGUUUCAGAGAGUCCUUCCCCAUCGCCCCAGAGUUGCAGGAUUGCUCAGUGCAGCCCACACUCCAAAGCACUUUCUGUCGAGCCCCAGCAUAUGGCCCCGGUGCUGGAGCCCUGGCUCCAAAGGAGCUCUUCUUGGAAUGGGCCAAGACAAACUGCUGCUGCUGCUGCUGCUGCUGCCUCCUCCGCCCUCCAGAGCAGUGCCGGAGUCCCCUGGGAAAUGACAUCUCACUUGCAGAGCGUCUACAGCCCUGGAUCCUUGAGGGCCAGCUGCUGCCAGAACCCCUCCUCAGUGGGCUUGGAGCCCUUUGCAUGUGGGUAUUCCAGGGUGGUGUGGGGCAAAGCCUGUCUUCCCCCACGGCCAUCCAUUCCUUUGUCUCUUAAGGGCAUGCCUUCACCACCACUACAAACCAGCUCCAUUGUCAUACUUUCCUGCCGCUGUAUCAAAAAAACCAUGUUAAGCAACUUUCUGCCAUGACAAUUCCUGGAGUGGGCUGGCAGGUUUACUGUGGAGGAAGCCAUGACAGUAACACCGGUUCCAAACUAGUUUACAUAGGUAGUGUAGAUACCGUUGUGUCCCUACCUCACUUCCUUGCCUUGCCACCCAACCUGCUCUUCCAGAUAUUUCUGCUCAAAGCAGCAUCUGCACAGACAAUGACCUUCCCACACUAUGCUGUCCCCAGUGGGUGACCCCCAGCUCCUUGAAGGCAGUGCAGCCCACGCCUCCCAGGGCACAUCGGAGAGACUCUACUGCCACUCCAGCCACGGGCCCUGCCUGGCACUGACAACCACUAUGCAGCACCAUCACAAGGCAGCUGCACAGCACCUUUGUGGGGGUGGGGUGUCACAGGGAGGGGUCAGGGGCCGGCUUUGGAAAGUGGCAGAGCAUCUGGGUUGCUGCCGGUGUGCUUGGAGCAAAGCAACACCUACACAUUUCCAAUAUGAUUUUAAUAAAGUAAUGUUUUAACAAUC